ACCCUUUUUAUUUAGCAAGUAACUAUUUUGUCGGUUUCUAUUUAUGUGACUUAAUUAAAAUUUUACAUCGUUUAUUUUAAUUUUUAUGGCAUAAUUGAGAUUUUGAGAUGAAAGCUUCUAAAUGUAAGCUUUAUGUUUUUAUAAAUAAAAUUUAUAUAUUUAGAAACUACGCAAAAAAAAAAAAAAACACUAUAAAUAACAAAUCAACAACUUAAAGUAUUUAAAAUGCAUAUACAAAAAAUUUCGGUCAGAGAAAAACCUGAAUGACCCCGGAAUUUCCAAAUGUGCCACAUAUUGGGAGGGAGGGAGUGGUAUCUUAUCUUUUUGUACGUAGCUUAAAGAGUUUUGAAUUGGUUUCUUUUUAGUGAAUGAUAUAUGUUGCAUGGACCUAUAGUCUAUAGAGCUGUAUAAGUAUAAGAAGGCCAAUCUCUUUAACUAUAUCAACCUAAGUGGCAGGUACCUUAAGGCUCUGAAUAGAAGACAAACUUCAGAUUCUGAGCUGCAGAGAGUGAUGGAUGUGGCGAUAUCCUUAGCGUUGGGGCUACCAAAGCAGAGGAGUAUUGAACAUGGAGUGUUCUUUGCUAGAGAUUUUAGCUCUAGUUUAAAUGCAAGAGACAGGAAAAUUGUUUGUGUUACCAGUGGAAACUCCUACUUUGGUUCUCAAUUGAUCAUGAAGCUUUUGGCAUGUGGUUACCUUGUUCGAGUUAUUAUUGAAAACCAAGCUAAUCUUGAGGACAUGGAGGAACUGAUUAGGGAAGAAAUGAAACAACUGGAGAGUAUCGUGGUGGCAAGAAUGGAUGAUUUAGAUGGCCUCUGCAAUGCUUUUAGAGGUUGCCAUGUUGUUUUCCACACAUCAUCUUUCAUUGAUCCGCGAGGGAUCUCUGGAUACACGGAACGAAUGGCAUUUCUUGAAGCUGAAGCAGCAAAGAAUGUCAUAGAAGCUUGUGGCAGGGCAGCAUUUGUUAAAAGAUGCCUUUUCACAUCCUCUCUACUAGCAUGCAUCUGGAAAGGCAACGACUUGCCAAACCUCAUAGAUGAGACUUCUUGGAGUGACGAGGCAUUCUGCAGAGAAAACAAGCUUUGGCUAGCAUUGGCCAAGACCAGUGCAGAACAGGCUGCAUGGAGGAAAGCAAGGGAGAUGAGGGUGAAACUUGUUACUUUAUGUCCUGGACUUCUCAUGGCACCAUCUUUCCCAAAUGCUCACCUUGAAACUUCUCUCCCAUACCUCAAAGGUGGCGAUUUGAUGCUACGACAAGGGAUUCUAGCAACUGAAGAUGUUAGUAAAGUGGCAGAAGCACAUGUCUACGUUUAUGAAGAUAUGGACUAUGGAGCCUGUGGAAGAUACAUAUGCUUUGGAAAAAUAGUUGGAACAUUGGAAGAGGCCAUACAACUUGAAAAUGGCUUGAAUAUGCAUGGUCAGUUGUCUGGGGAUCAAACCCCUCUUCCUGUAGCAGCGGAUAAUGAUCCCACAAUUACAAAGUCAAAGCUCAGUAGACUACUAUUCCGCGCAUCUCAACGCCUGUCUUGCAAACAACAAUAACAUAAUCUCACAACACCUAUCUUGCAAACAGAGACGUAGUUUCUUUUGCUGUGUUAGUACAAAAACAAGAAUGUACCUAUUUGGAGUUUCUAGCUAAAAUUGUACCUUAUCUAUAGAUGUAGCUCUUUUUUAAUCUUUUAAA